ACAACAAUGACUGUCACUCCUGAAACCUCAACUAGCCAUCCAACCUCACCUAAAGGCAUGAAUCCAAACCGACCGGUCACACCUCAACAUAAGAAAUCUACAACUACAAGACCAAAAGCUUCUACAGUCAUAACAAUGAACUCCAACACUGUGCAAAAAUCAUCAGUACCUACAUCAACUGUGACCCCCAAAACCACACUGAAAUCCCCAGAAACCACAAAUGCACACUCAGCAAUCACUACUGCUCCAUCUAUUAUGACACCUACACACAUGUCCACAUCUUCAGCAACUACACCUCUGACUAUUGCUCCAAGCUCAAUUCAAUCUGCAAAAAUAACCCCUAAAGAUUCUACAACAGUGACUGUCACCCCAGAAACCUCAACUAACCAUCCAACCUCACAUAAACCAAACCCAUCAGCCACACCUACUUCUCCAAAAUCUACAAGACCAGAAGCUUCUACAAUCAUAACAAUGAACUCCAACACUAUGCAAAAAUUAUCAGUACAUACAUCACCUUUGACAACAACACUGAAAUCUUCAGAAACCACAAAUGCACACUCAGAAAUACUUACUUCAUCAGGAAUUACAUCUGCAUACCCAACAACCACACCAUUACAAGAACCAGUCAUUUUUCCUCAAACAUCAAAUGGAACAUCACAUCAAAAUGAUCAAACAAAGACAUCAACUAAAUCUCCAACCACAAUGCAUCCUUCUAUCUCAACAACCAAAACUGCUACAGCAACAACAUCUGUAACCCCCGCUCUACAUUCCCCCACAAAGACUACACGUCAAACGUUUUCUGCAUCUCCAACCAAAAAGCCAAUUGGAACCACUAUAUCUACCGCAAUCAAGACUUCACCUCUACCUACUUACACAACAACUGCAAUGCCCAAAAAGACAACUUUCUUAAACAAAACUCCAGUUCUAACCUCAAAUCUACCUCCAGUAACUGUACCCAAAAGUACACCUAAAGUUACAGGUUCAGAAAUGGUUACCUCAUUAGGAACUACACAUGCAUAUCCAAAAACCACACCAUUACAAGAACCAGUCAUUAUUCCUCAAACAUCAAAUGGAACAUCACAUCAAAAUGAUCAAACAAAGACAUCAACUAAAUCCCCAACCACAAUGCAUCCUUCCAUCUCAACAACCAAAACUGCUACCGCAACAACAUCUGCAACCCCAGUUCUACAUUUACCCACACAGACUCCACAUCAAACCUCUUCUGCAUCUCCAACCACAAAGCCAAUUGCAAAAACUACAUCUGCAGCAAUCAAGACAAUGCAUUCUUCCAUAUCAACAACCAAAACUGCUACAGCAAAAACAUCUGUAACCCCAGUUCUGUCUUCAGCUACACAGACUGCACAUCAAACAUCUUCUGCAUCUUCAACCACAAAAAACACUUUGACUGCAGUAACCAGCCCUACACCUUUUACCACAUACACAUCAACAACAAUGCACAAAACAACAUCAUUCUCCAAAACAUCUCCAGUUCUAACCUCAACUCUAGGAACAAAACCCAAAAGUACACCUAAAGGUACAGUGUUUACUUCAUCAGGAGCUACAUAUACAUAUCUAACAACAAAAACAUUACAAGAACCAGUCAUAAUCCCUCAAACAUCAAAUGAAACAUCACAUCCAAAUAUUCCAACAUGCAAAUGUGGGAUAGCAGUGGUUACAAGCACACUGCGUUUCAACUCCUCGUCUCCAGUGCCCAGUCAGGAUCUGGUCCUCAAUGCUAUCAGUGACCUCCAAAACUCCAGAGAGUCACAACUCAUUGAAUCAGUGAAGGUGUUAAACAUCACGUAUGAGAAAAUCUCAGAAACCUCCUAUGAGGUCAAAUUAACAUUUGCUGUGAGUAACAUCACCAUUCCCGUGGACAAGGAACAAACAAACAGCACCUUAAAAAAUCUCCAGGAUGUUGUCAAUGUUGCGGUGAACACUCUUCUGAAUGAGCCUGGCAAAGCACCUCUGCAACCCAACUCCUCUAGUUUCCAGAGCACACCAAAUCAAAUUAAUGGUGUUUUAAAUUAUAUCAUCCAAGAUGGAAAUGCCGUGCAACCAGUCAGCUUCCUACAAAAGCUUCAGUCACUCAUGGGAUCAUCCACUACAUCAGCAUCACCACUAACAACAAGCAGCUCACCUGUGACAUCUGGUUCAGCAGUGGUUACAAGCACACUGCAGUUCAACUCCUCAUCUCCAGUGCCCAGUCAGGAUCUGGUCCUCAAAGCUAUCAGUGAUCUCCGAAACUCCAGAGAGUCACAACUCAAUGAAUCAGUGAAGCUGCUGAAUGUGACCUACAAGAAAAUCUCUGAAACCUCCUAUGAGAUCAAAUUAACAUUUGCUGUGAGUAACGUCAGCAUGCCAGUGGACAUUAAACAAAGAAACAGCACCUUUACACAUCUCCAGGAUGUUGUCAAAUUAGCGGUGAACACUCUUCUGAAUGAGCCUGGCAAAGCACCUCUGCAACCCAACUCCUCUAGUUUCCAGAGCACACCAAACCAAAUUAAUGGCUCUUUGAAUUAUAUCAUUCGAGAUGGAGAUGCCAUACAACCAGUCAGCUUCCUACAAAAGCUCCAGUCACUCAAGGGAUCGUCCACUACAUCAGCAUCACCACUGACAAGCAGCUCACCUGUGACAUCUGUUAAGUUUGUAUCUAGUUCAGCAGUGGUUACAAGCACAUUGCAGUUCAACUCCCCAUCUUCAGUGCCCAGUAAGGAUCUGGUCCUUAAAGCUAUCAGUGAUCUCCGAAACUCCAGAGAGUCACAACUCAAUGAAUCAGUGAAGCUGCUGAAUGUGACCUACGAGAAAAUCUCAGAAACCUCCUAUGAGGUCAAGUUAACAUUUGCUGUGAGUAACGUCAGCAUGCCAGUGGACAUUAAACAAAGAAACAGCACCUUAACACAUCUCCAGGAUGUUGUCAAUGUAGCGGUGAACACUCUUCUGAAUGAGCCUGGCAAAGCACCUCUGCAACCCAACUCCUCCAGUUUCCUGAGCACACCAAACCAAAUUAAUGGCUCUUUGAAUUAUAUCAUCGGAGAUGGAGAUGCCAUACAACCAGUCAGCUUCCUACAAAAGCUCCAGUCACUCAAGGGAUCGUCCACUACAUCAGCAUCACCACUGGCAACAAGCAGCUCACCUGUGACGUCUGUUAAAUUUGUAUCUGGUUCAGCAGUGGUUACAAGCACAUUGCAGUUCAACUCCUUAUCUCCAGUGCCAAGUCAGGAUCUGGUCCUCAAAGCUAUUAGUGAUCUCAGAAACUCCAGAGAGUCACAACUCAAUGAAUCAGUGAAGCUGCUGAAUGUGACCUACGAGAAAAUCUCUGAAACCUCCUAUGAGAUCAAAUUAACAUUUGCUGUGAGUAACGUCAGCAUGCCUGUGGACAUUACACAAAGAAACAGCACCUUAACACAUCUCCAGGAUGUUGUCAAUGUAGCGGUGAACACUCUUCUGAAUGAGCCUGGCAAAGCACCUCUGCAACCCAACUCCUCCAGUUUCCAGAGCACACCAAACCAAAUUAAUGGCUCUUUGAAUUAUAUCAUCCGAGAUGGAGAUGCCAUACAACCAGUCAGCUUCCUACAAAAGCUCCAGUCACUCAAGGGAUCGUCCACUACAUCAGCAUCACCACUGACAAGCAGCUCACCUGUGACAUCUGUUAAGUUUGUAUCUGGUUCAGCAGUGGUUACAAGCACAUUGCAGUUCAACUCCCCAUCUUCAGUGCCCAGUAAGGAUCUGGUCCUUAAAGCUAUCAGUGAUCUCCGAAACUCCAGAGAGUCACAACUCAAUGAAUCAGUGAAGCUGCUGAAUGUGACCUACGAGAAAAUCUCUGAAAACUCCUACGAGGUCAAAUUAACAUUUGCUGUGAGUAACGUCAGCAUGCCAGUGGACAUUAAACAAAGAAACAGCACCUUAAAACAUCUCGAGGAUGUUGUCAAUGUAGCGGUGAACACUCUUCUGAAUGAGCCUGGCAAAGUGUCUCUGCAACCCAACUCCUCCAGUUUCCAGGAAACACCAAACCAAAUUAAUGGCUCUUUGAAUUAUAUCAUCCGAGAUGGAGAUGCCAUACAACCAGUCAGCUUCCUACAAAAGCUCCAGUCACUCAAGGAAUCAUCCACUACAUCAGCAUCACCACUGACAACAAGCAGCUCGCCUGUGAGAUCUGGUUCAGCAGUGGUUACAAGCACAUUGCAGUUCAACUCCUCAUCUCCAGUGCCCAGCCAGGAUCUGGUCCUCAAAGCUAUCAGUGAUCUCAGAAACUCCAGAGAAUCACAACUCAAUGAAUCAGUGAAGCUGCUGAAUGUGACCUAUGAGAAAAUCUCUGAAAACUCCUACAAGGUUCAAUUAACAUUUGCUGUGAGUAACGUCAGCAUGCCAGUGGACAUUAAACAAAGAAACAGCACCUUUACACAUCUCCAGGAUGUUGCUAAUGUAGCGGUGAACACUCUUCUGAAUGAGCCUGGCAAAGCAACUCUGCAACCCAACUCCUCCAGUUUCCAGAGCACACCAAACCAAAUUAAUGGCUCUUUAAAUUAUAUCAUCCGAGAUGGAGAUGCCAUACAACCAGUCAGCUUCCUACAAAAGCUCCAGUCACUCAAGGGAUCGUCCACUACAUCAGCAUCACCACUGGCAACAAGCAGCUCACCUGUGACAUCUGGUUCAGCAGUGGUUACAAGCACACUGCAGUUCAACUCCUCAUCUCCAGUGCCCAGUCAGGAUCUGGUCCUCAAAGCUAUCAGUGAUCUCCGAAACUCCAGAGAGUCACAACUCAAUGAAUCAGUGAAGCUGCUGAAUGUGACAUACGAGAAAAUCUCUGAAAACUCCUACGAGGUCAAAUUAACAUUUGCUGUGAGUAACGUCAGCAUGCCAGUGGACAUUAAACAAAGAAACAGCACCUUUACACAUCUCCAGGAUGUUGUCAAUGUAGCGGUGAACACUCUUCUGAAUGAGCCUGGCAAAGCGUCUCUGCAACCCAACUCCUCCAGUUUCUUGAGCACACCAAACCAUAUUAAUGGCUCUUUGAAUUAUAUCAUCCGCAAUGGAGAUGCCAUACAACCAGUCAGCUUCCUACAAAAGCUCCAGUCACUCAAGGGAUCGUCCACUACAUCAGCAUCACCACUGGCAACAAGCAGCUCACCUGUGACAUCUGGUUCAGCAGUGGUUACAAGCACACUGCAGUUCAACUCCUCAUCUCCAGUGCCCAGUAAGGAUCUGGUCCUCAAAGCUAUCAGUGAUCUCCGAAACUCCAGAGAAUCACAACUCAACGAAUCAGUGAAGCUGCUGAAUGUGACCUACGAGAAAAUCUCUGAAACCUCCUAUGAGGUCAAGUUAACAUUUGCUGUGAGUAACGUCAGCAUGCCAGUGGACAUUAAACAAAGAAACAGCACCUUUACACAUCUCCAGGAUGUUGCUAAUGUAGCGGUGAACACUCUUCUGAAUGAGCCUGGCAAAGCGUCUCUGCAACCCAACUCCUCCAGUUUCCAGAGCACACCAAACCAUAUUAAUGGCUCUUUGAAUUAUAUCAUCCACGAUGGAGAUGCCAUACAACCAAUCAGCUUCCUACAAAAGCUCCAGUCACUCAAGGGAUCGUCCACUACAUCAGCAUCACCACUGGCAACAAGCAGCUCACCUGUGACAUCUGGUUCAGCAGUGGUUACAAGCACACUGCAGUUCAACUCCUCAUCUCCAGUGCCCAGUAAGGAUCUGGUCCUCAAAGCUAUCAGUGAUCUCAGAAACUCCAGAGAAUCACAACUCAACGAAUCAGUGAAGCUGCUGAAUGUGACCUACGAGAAAAUCUCUGAAACCUCCUAUGAGGUCAAAUUUACAUUUGCUGUGAGUAACGUCAGCAUGCCUGUGGACAUUAAACAAAGAAACAGCACCAUUAUACAUCUCCAGGAUGUUGUCAAUGUAGCGGUGAACACUCUUCUGAAUGAGCCUGGCAAAGCACCUCUGCAACCCAACUCCUCCAGUUUCCAGAGCACACAAAACCAAAUAAAUGGCUCUUUAAAUUAUAUCAUCCGAGAUGGAGAUGCCAUACAACCAGUCAGCUUCCUACAAAAGCUCCAAUCACUCAAGGGAUCGUCCACUACAUCAGCAUCACCACUGGCAACAAGCAGCUCACCUGUGACAUCUGGUUCAGCAGUGGUUACAAGCACACUGCAGUUUAACUCCUCAUCUCCAGUGCCCAGUCAGGAUCUGGUCCUCAAAGCUAUCAGUGAUCUCCGAAACUCCAGAGAGUCACAACUCAAUGAAUCAGUGAAGCUGCUGAAUGUGACAUACGAGAAAAUCUCUGAAAACUCCUACGAGGUCAAAUUAACAUUUGCUGUGAGUAACGUCAGCAUGCCAGUGGACAUUAAACAAAGAAACAGCACCUUUACACAUCUCCAGGAUGUUGUCAAUGUAGCGGUGAACACUCUUCUGAAUGAGCCUGGCAAAGCGUCUCUGCAACCCAACUCCUCCAGUUUCCAGAGCACACCAAACCAUAUUAAUGGCUCUUUGAAUUAUAUCAUCCGCGAUGGAGAUGCCAUACAACCAGUCAGCUUCCUACAAAAGCUCCAGUCACUCAAGGGAUCGUCCACUACAUCAGCAUCACCACUGGCAACAAGCAGCUCACCUGUGACAUCUGGUUCAGCAGUGGUUACAAGCACACUGCAGUUCAACUCCUCAUCUCCAGUGCCAAGUCAGGAUCUGGUCCUCAAAGCUAUCAGUGAUCUCCGAAACUCCAGAGAGUCACAACUCAAUGAAUCAGUAAAGCUGCUGAAUGUGACCUACGAGAAAAUCUCUGAAACCUCCUAUGAGGUCAAAUUUACAUUUGCUGUGAGUAACGUCAGCAUGCCUGUGGACAUUAAACAAAGAAACAGCACCAUUAUACAUCUCCAGGAUGUUGUCAAUGUAGCGGUGAACACUCUUCUGAAUGAGCCUGGCAAAGCGUCUCUGCAACCCAACUCCUCCAGUUUCGAGAGCACACCAAACCAUAUUAAUGGCUCUUUGAAUUAUAUCAUCCGAGAUGGAGAUGCCAUACAACCAGUCAGCUUCCUACAAAAGCUCCAGUCACUCAAAGGAUCGUCCACUACAUCAGCAUCACCACUGACAACAAGCAGCUCACCUGUGACAUCUGGUUCAGCAGUGGUUACAAGCACACUGCAGUUCAACUCCUCAUCUCCAGUGCCCAGUAAAGAUCUGGUCCUCAAAGCUAUCAGUGAUCUCAGAAACUCCAGAGAGUCACAACUCAAUGAAUCAGUAAAGCUGCUGAAUGUGACCUAUGAGAAAAUCUCUGAAAACUCCUACGAGAUCAAAUUAACAUUUGCUGUGAGUAAUGUCAGCAUGCCAGUGGACAUUAAACAAAAAAACAGCACCUUUACACAUCUCCAGGAUGUUGUCAAUGUAGCGGUGAACACUCUUCUGAAUGAGCCUGGCAAAGCGUCUCUGCAACCCAACUCCUCCAGUUUCCUGAGCACACCAAACCAUAUUAAUGGCUCUUUGAAUUAUAUCAUCCGCGAUGGAGAUGCCAUACAACCAGUCAGCUUCCUACAAAAGCUCCAGUCACUCAAGGGAUCGUCCACUACAUCAGCAUCACCACUGGCAACAAGCAGCUCACCUGUGACAUCUGGUUCAGCAGUGGUUACAAGCACAUUGCAGUUCAACUCCUCAUCUCCAGUGCCCAGUAAGGAUCUGGUCCUCAAAGCUAUCAGUGAUCUCAGAAACUCCAGAGAGUCACAACUCAAUGAAUCAGUGAAGCUGCUGAAUGUGACCUACGAGAAAAUCUCUGAAACCUCCUAUGAGGUCAAAUUUACAUUUGCUGUGAGUAACUUCAGCAUGCCUGUGGACAUUAAACAAAGAAACAGCACCAUUGUACAUCUCCAGGAUGUUGUCAAUGUAGCGGUGAACACUCUUCUGAAUGAGCCUGGCAAAGCACCUCUGCAACCCAACUCCUCCAGUUUCCUGAGCACACCAAACCAAAUUAAUGGCUCUUUAAAUUAUAUCAUCCGAGAUGGAAAUGCCAUACAACCAGUCAGUUUCCAACAAAAGCUUCAGUCACUCAAGGGAUCGUCCACUACAUCAGCAUCACCACUGACAACAAGCAGCUCACCUGUGAAAUCUGGUUCAGCAGUGGUUACAAGCACAUUGCAGUUCAACUCAUCAUCUCCAGUGCCAAGUCAGGAUCUAGUCCUCAAGGCUAUCAGUGAUCUCCGAAACUCCAGAGAGUCACAACUCAAUGAAUCAGUGAAGCUGUUGAAUGUGACCUAUGAGAAAAUCUCUGAAAACUCCUACAAGGUUCAAUUAACAUUCGCUGUGAGUAACGUCAGCAUGCCAGUGGACAUUAAACAAAGAAACAGCACUUUUACACAUCUCCAGGAUGUUGUUAAUGUAGCGGUGAACACUCUUCUGAAUGAGCCUGGCAAAGUGUCUCUGCAACCCAACUCCUCCAGUUUCCAGAGCACACCCAACCAAAUUAAUGGCUUAUUGAAUUAUAUAAUCCAAGAUGGAGAUGCCAUCCAACCAGUCAGCUUCCUACAAAAGUUCCAGUCACUCAAGGGAUCAUCCACUACAUCAGCAUCACCACUGACAAGCAGCUCACCUGUAAAUUUUGUACUUGGGUCAGCAGUGGUUACAAGCACACUGCAGUUCAACUCUUUAUCUCCAGUGCCCAGUCAAGAUUUAGUCUACAAAGCUAUCAGUGAUCUCCGAAGCUCCAGAGAGUCAAAACUCAAUGAACCAGUGAAGCUGGUUAAUGUCAGUUAUACAAAAACUUCAGAAACCUCCUAUGCAGUUCUUUUGACAUUUGUUCUGAGUAACAUCAGCAUGCCAGAAAAACCUGAGCUCAGAAACAACACAUUCCAGCUAGUGCAAGAUAUUACAAAUAAUGCGCUGAACACUCUCCUGAAUGAGCCUGGCAACGCCAAUUUAAAACCCAAUUCCUCCAACUUCUCGAGCACACAAAACCAGAUUGUGGGCAAUAUGGAAUAUGACUUCCAGACUGAAGAUACCAUAAAACCCAUCAGUUUCCUCAAUAAUCUUCAAUUACCUCCUGGCCUAACAACAACCAACACGCCGAUGACAAACACAACUUCGCUGGGAGAUGUAAUUAUUUACAUUAGACUGGUGUUUAUCACGGUGAAAAGUGCUCCAAAUGAGAGUACUGUUCUACAGUUAGCUUACUCUCUAUUAGCUGCACGUCUCAGAACCAAACGAGAUGUUCAACAACUGAAUGAUCCUGUGAGCUUUGUGGAUGUCACCUAUCAGAGAAUAUCUGAUAAAGUCUUUGCCCUCAAUUUUGGAUAUAUAAUCAACAAUGUGACAAUUACUCAGAACCCGGUGCUGAAGAAUCAAACACUCGGUUUAGUUCAGAAAUCUAUAAAUAAACUGCUAAAUGAGAUCCUAAGUUCCCCAACAGCUACUCCUUAUCAGUUCAAACAAGCCAAUUUCACGGGUAAUUCCACUGUGAUCCGGGCUGAUGUAGAGUAUGUUUUCUCAGACAAUGAGAUUACUGCACCCAGCCCCUUUAUUAAAGAACUAAUUCUCAAAGUAAAUGGUAGCAUCACGUCUGCACCUGCUACAACCACCUUUUACCCCACAGUGGUGGCCACAACUGGGCGAAACAACAGCACUAGUGCAGCAUGGGUUGUGGCUAUAAUUGUUCCCUGUGCUAUAGCCAUCAUGCUUAUACCUUGCUGGAUUCUCCUUUGUUGUUUGCUCUGUGGUUGCUGUGCAGGAGUGAGAAGACGCUGGGAUAGGCGGCGGUCAUACAACAUUCGCUACUAUAUUCACAACCUCUAAAAAAUCAAAUAUAUAAAAAAUGUAUUGCAUUGAAAAUAUAUUCUGUCCUGUGUUGCUGGGCAUACAGGAUGUCUAGAGAACUGUGAUUAAUGUGAUGUUUUUACUACUGAAGGAUUUAUUUAUUUGAUAAUUAUGUGUCAUGUAAUAUUAUGUAAAUUAAUUAUUGUAUAUAAUUAUUAAUAAUAUAAUUAUAAUAACAGUAACAAAUUAUGUAAACAUUACUGUUGAUCUUGUUUUCCAAAUUUAAUUUAUUUGAAAGUAAAUGUUUUAUUUUUGGGGGACAAAUUUAGAAUGUGUUUAUAAUAACUUAUUUAUUCACACUUUAAGCACUUUAUCUACAUAAAACAUUAAAAAAAAUGUUAGAUUCUAAUAUUAUCCACCUGUGUAAUUUAUUGUAACAUUAUGGAAAUGUGCAAAUGGUGCAAAACAGCAUUCACAUGCAUAGAGAAAAAAUACACUAUACAGCCACAAGUUAAGAAGACUAUGUAUUUUAAACAAUAUUGUAAUAAUUUAAAUUAAAGACAAAUUAUCGUAUAUAAAUGACCAUGUUCCUCUAAUCUGAAUAUUCAGUGCAAAGUUGUAAUAGACUGUGGGAGGCUUGGUCCUCAGCGCCUGAAAUAUUAUUAAAUAUAAAUAAAUAACACCCUUACAAUAA